AUGUCAAAGGUGGUGGUUUGUAUGGAAGAGGUAAGUCACCCGCAGUACAAACACAGACAACAGAUAAGUCACCUACAGUACAAACACAGACAACAUAUAAGUCACCUCCAGUACAAACAUAGACAACAGGUAAGUCACCUACAGUACACACACAGACAACAGAUAAGACACCUACAGUACAAACAAAGACAACAUAUAAGUCACCUCCAGUACACACACAGACAACAGAUUAGUCACCUACAGUACAAACACAGACAACAGAUAAGUCACCUACAGCACAAACAAAGACAACAGGUAAGUCACCUACAGAACAAACACAGACAACAGAUAAGUCACCUACAGCACAAACAAAGACAACAGGUAAGUCACCUACAGAACAAACAAAGACAACAGAUAAGACACCUACAGUACAAACACAGACAACAGAUAAGUCACCUACAGCACAAACAAAGACAACAGAUAAGACACCUACAGUACAAACACAGACAACAGAUAAGUCACCUACAGCACAAACAAAGACAACAGAUAAGUCACCUACAGUACAAACACAAACAACAGAUAAGUCACCUACAGUACAAACACAAACAAAAGGUAAGUCACCUACAGUACAAACACAGACAACAGAUAAGUCACCUACAUUACAAACACAGACAACAGAUAAGUCACCUACAGUACAAACACAAACAACAGAUAAGUCAUCUACAGUACAAACAACAGGUGAGUCACUUACAGUACAAACACGGACAACAGAUAAGUCACCUACAGAACAAACACAGACAACAGGUAACUCACCUGCCGUACAAACACAAACAACAGAUAAGUCACCUACAGUACGAACAACAGAUAAGUCACCUACUGUAUAAACACAGACAACAGACAACAGGUAAGUCACCUACAGUACAAACACAGACAACAGGUAAGUCACCUACAGUACAAACAACAGAUAAGUCACCUACAGUACAAACAAAAACAACAGAUAAGUCACCUGCAGUGCAAACACAAACAACAGGUAAGUCACCUACAGAACAAAAACAGACAACAGGUAAGUCACCUACAGUACAAACACAGACAACAUAUAAGUCACCUACAGUACAAACAACAGGUGAGUCACCUGCAGUACAAACACAGACAUUAGAAAGUCUCCUACAGGACAAACAACAGAUAAGUCACCUGCAGUACAAACAACAGAUAAGUCACCUACAGUACAAACAACAGAUAAGUCACCUACAAUACAGACACAGACAACAGAUAAGUCACCUACAGUACAAACAACAGAUAAGUCACCUACAGUACAAACAACAGAUAAGUCACCUACAGUACAAACACAAACAACAGAUAUGUCACCUACAGUACAAACAACAGAUAAGUCACGUACAGUACAAACAAAAACAAGAGGUAAAUCACUUACAUAGUACAAACUCAGACAAGUAG